GCAUAUAAUUAACAUGCAAACUGCUCCUUGAUUACAUUUAAUAUCAAUCAUGUCUCGUUCAACUGAUCCAGGCCAUUUUUUCCAGACUGACGCAUCUGAAUCUACACGAGCACGUAGAGCUGCAAAGUCGGGCAACAAGAAUGGAAACCCUAUUGUUUUACAAUCAAAGAUUCUGAGCUUGAUUCCAGACCCAUUUUCCUCCCAAUGUAUUUAUAUCGCGGAAAGUGCUGGCUGCGUACAGAAGGUCAAUACUGAAACUAGAGAUACAAAAACAGUUUAUCGAGGUCCAACUGCGCCAGUUACUUCAGUAGCCAUCGGCGGCCAUGGUGGUAAUACAGUUUUCGCGGGAUGUUGGGACAAACAAAUUUGGAGUUGGGAUAGGGAAAGCAAAGAGCUGGGCAAGAAAUUCAAGGGCCAUUCAGACUUUGUUAAAGCAAUCAUCUGCGUGAACAUCGAGGGAACGGAUUGCUUAAUAUCUGGUGGUGCUGAUGCCAAAAUCAUGGUAUGGAACACCGCCACUGGUGAACGAUUGCAUACCCUGCGAGAUAAGAGUGAAUCCAUGAUGGCAGUACAAGACCUCGCUCUGGACCCCGAAGAUUCUACAAGCACCGCCAUUGUUCUCGUUUCUUCAAGUAGUGAUCCCCAUAUUCGAAGAUGGCGCAUUAGCCUGUCAUCUGCAUCUCAAAUAAUAGACGCUACCGAAGACGUUCCGGCACAGAGCAAGCCUACUAGAGAUACGAUCCUUGAGCACGAAACAAGCGUCUACCAGGUCAUAUUUGCUGGCGAUGACGAAGAGACGGAUUUGUGGACUGCAAGUGCCGAUGGUACAGCUAAAUGCUUAUCAAGAGCGAAGAAUUGGAGCACAGAAGAAACGUACGAGCAUGGAGACUAUGUUCGUGCUGUAGCUGUCACCGAUACGUGGGUUGUGACUGCAGGUAGAGACGAGGAUGUGAAAAUCUGGGACAAGGCAACUGGGAAAUUAUGGCAUAUUUAUGAUGGUCAUUAUGAGGAAGUUACGGGCCUGGUGGUUCUGAAGGGCGAAAAGCAAGCUAUUAGUACCAGUAUCGAUGGUACCGUAAGAAUUUGGGGACUCACCAAAGGGGAGCUCGAGAAGGCACGCCUCGAGCGCGAAGAGAAUGCUAAAGGAGUCGUGAAGGAGGAGAAAGUCGAGCCUAAAAAGGGCCUGAUGACUGCAGAAGAAGAAGCAGAGUUAGCAGAGCUAUUAGACUCGGACGAGGACUAAAGACGAUUGAACGACUAGGUCCAAUUUAUCUAGUUAGUCGCUUGUUUAAAAAAAAUCUCCGACUAUAUGCUAAAUAUUCCGGAUAGCCAAGAUCGGAUGUUUCAAGUCUGAAAUCUCAGGCUAUGUAAUUUUUACUUUGGUGAUAAAAAGUUUAUUCGACAAGCUUGAUGGCUAAUUCUGUGUACCUUGAUCCAUAUUGGUCAGCGGGUGUAUUGUUCCUCUGCCACAGUUGCAGUAUCAUCGGUUGGCCAUUAUCAUCGACUCCUUUCCUGGCAUCGGGAAACAGCAGACGCAAUGUUUUUUGCUAUCUGAUGUGAAAUAAACCAUUUUGAUAUAUGCAAAACUUCACGCGAU